ACGGAGCAGAGGCAGAAAAGCGGCAGGGAGCUGCCAGCAUCGUCUCAUAUCGUCGCAGAACAGAAAGGUGCCACAAUACUGGAGCUUUAGACUGUAAAUAGAUAAUGACCAUAAGCGGGAAUUAACUGGAUAAAUCAUCACAUUCUCAAAAUACCGCUCCGUGUCAGCGGAGAUAUGGAGACGCCGGGGAGGAUAGCAGCCACUCCGGACGCCCUAGACUUCACAGUGGAAAACGUGGAAAAGGCCCUGCACCAGUUGUACUAUGAUCCCAAUAUAGAGAACAAGAAUUUGGCUCAGAAAUGGCUGAUGCAGGCCCAGGUCUCCCCUCAGGCCUGGCAGUUCUGCUGGGCCCUGCUCAGCCCAGAUAAGGUUCCAGAGAUCCAGUACUUUGGCGCCAGUGCGCUCCACACCAAGAUUUCUCGCUACUGGUCAGACAUCCCUACAGACCAGUACGAGUCUCUGAAGACCCAGCUGUUCUCUCAGAUCGCCUGCUUCUCUUCGGGCUCCAAGAUGGUGCUCACUCGGCUGUGUGUGGCCCUGGCCUCGCUGGCUCUCAACACCAUGCCCGAGGCCUGGCCCGGCGCCGUGGCAGAAAUGGUGCGGGUGUUCCAGGAGGAAGGGGGAGGGGUGGAUGGACGGGCACGCUGCUUGGCAUUGCUGGAGUUGCUCACUGUCCUGCCUGAAGAGUUCCAGACCAGCCGGCUGCCACAGUACCGAAAGGGACAGGUGCGGGGGGCCCUGGGCCGCGAGUGGGGGUCAGUGUGUCCCUUGCUGCAGCAGCUGCUGCGCAGGGCGGACAGCCCUGGGGCAGUGAAAGCUCGCGUGCUGCGCUGCCUGUCAUCCUGGGUGCUGCUUGAUGUGCCUCUCAGUGAGAGUGAAGGCCUGGUGCAUGACUGCUUCAGUGCCCUGCCCGACCCGGAGCUCUUCGACACCGCUGUAGAAGCGAUAGUCAAUGCCAUCUCACAGCCAGACUCCCAAAGAUAUGUAAACACCCUGCUGAAGCUGGUUCCCCAGGUGCUGGCCCUGCAGGAUCAGCUCAGAGAGGCUGUGCAGAGCGGGGACAUGGAGACCUGCCACGGGAUCUGCCGCAUCGCUGUCACACUGGGAGAGAACCACUCCAGGACUCUGUUGGAGCAGGUGGAGCACUGGCAGGGCUUCCUGGCCUUAGUCAACAUGAUCAUGUUUUGUACCGGGAUCCCUGGCCACUAUCCAGUCAACGAGACUACCAGCUCCCUCACACUCACAUUUUGGUACACACUACAAGAUGAAAUCAUGUCAUUUGAGUUGGACAGGCAGACAGUGUACCUACAGGUCUACAGGCCGGUAUAUUUCCAGCUGGUGGAUGUCCUGCUGCACAAAGCCCAGUUCCCCUCUGACCAGGAGUACGCAUCUUGGUCUUCAGAUGAGAAAGAACAGUUCAGGAUCUACAGGGUGGAUAUCUCAGACACACUCAUGUAUGUGUAUGAGAUGCUGGGAGCCGAGCUGCUUAGUAAUCUGUAUGAUAAACUAGGAAGAUUGUUGACUAAUACAGAGCAGCCCACGUCAUGGCAGCACACAGAGGCAUUGCUGUACGGGUUCCAGUCCAUAGCAGAAACUAUAGAUGUGAAUUACUCAGACGUCAUUCCAGGCCUGAUAGGACUCAUCCCCAGAAUCAACAUCAACAACGUCCAGCUGGCGGACACCGUCAUGUUCACUAUAGGUGCUCUAGCAGAAUGGCUGGCAGAUCACCCAGUGAUGCUGAGCAGUGUCCUGCCCUUGGUGCUGCAGGCCUUAGGGAACCCAGACCUUUCUGUUUCUUCUGUCUCCACACUCAAGAAAAUCUGUAGGGAGUGCAAAUAUGACCUGCCACCCUACGCGACCAACAUAGUAGCCGUCUCUCAGGAGGUGCUCAUAAAGCAGAUCCACAAGACGAGUCAGUGCAUGUGGCUGAUGCAGGCGUUGGGCUUCCUGCUCUCUGCUCUCCCAGUGGAGGACAUCCUGAGAAACCUCCACUCCCUCAUCACCCCAUACAUUCAGCAACUGGAGAAGCUUGCAGACGAGACGCCUAAUCCCUCCAAUAAGCUAGCAAUCAUCCACAUCUUGGGGCUGCUCUCCAAUCUGUUCACUACGUUGGACAUCAGCAAGCAAGACGAUGAGUCAGGGGAGGGCUCAGCACCACCUGUCAAAACAACCCCACCCCCACCUGGACCAAACCCGGUGGUGGUAGUUUUGCAGCAAGUAUUUGCGCUCAUACAGACCGUACUAAGCAAGUGGCUCAACGACUCCCAGGUGGUGGAGGCGGUGUGUGCGAUCUUUGAGAAGUCAGUGAAGACUCUGCUCCAUGACUUUGCUCCCAUGGUGUCUCAGCUGAGUGAGAUGCUCGGGCAGAUGUACAGUACAAUACCCCAGGCUUCAGCCCUAGAUCUCACGCGACAGAUGGUGCAUAUCUUUGCCAGUGAGACAGACCACUUCCCACCCAUCAAGGCUCUGUUUGAGCUUGUUACCUCGGUAACGCUCUCCAUCUUCCAGCAAGGACCCAGGGAUCAUCCUGAUAUUGUUGAUUCAUUUAUGCAACUCCAAGCUCAGGCCCUCAAACGGAAGCCCGAUUUGUUCUUGUCUGAGAGUCUUGACGUGAAAGCAGUGUUCCACUGUGGAGUUCUGUCACUCAAAUUUCCUGAGGCUCCAACAGUCAAGUCCACAUGCUUGUUCUUUACGGAGUUGUUACCCCACUGCUCAGAUGUGCCCCCAGUGGCCAGGGUGGUGCAGGAGGAUGGCAAACUGUUGGUGCAGGCUGUGCUAGAGGGGAUUGGGGGUGGAGCUUCGCGGAGUCUGAUGGACCAGUUUGCAGAAGUGCUGUUCUGUCUGAACAAGCACUGCUUCGCUCUGCUGUCUGUGUGGCUGAAGGAGGCACUGCAGCCCCCAGGAUUCCCCUCUUCUCGGGUCACGGCUGAACAGAAAGACACUUUCUCCCAGCAGAUACUCAGAGAGCGAGUGAACAAGCGGAGGGUGAAGGACAUAGUGAAGGAGUUCACGUUGGUGUGCAGAGGGCUCCAUGGUACAGAGUAUGCAGCUGAAUACUGAAACUCUACCUUUGAACUUUGACCUAACCGUGACCUCUGCCCUCCAUGCAAAACAGCUGGAUGCCCCAACAACAGUUUUCACCAACCCCGACACUGAAGAUUUCAUUAAAUGAUUGUAAUGAUACCCGCCCUGCUACAGGAGAAGAUGUGGAACCAUUCCAGUGCAAACCUGCCAUCGGAUUUACAGACGAACAGCAAAACUACAUCCACAGUGGCUUUAGGGAGGCUGCCUUCUCUGCUCCGAUUAUUUUCUCUUUUUCUUUUAUAGAUUUCUCUUUUUUUCUGUCUCUCUCUCUCCUCACUUGAGGUUCCUUAGACUUAUGUUUUAUGUAUUAAAGAGCUGUGAGCAGCACUCCCAGCAUGCUCUCUGUUCAUGCUUCUUUUAUUUUUCUAUUUUCUUCUGCCUUUCUAGAUCUUCCGUGGCUCCUAGGUUGUUUCCUGGUGAUUAGCAUCCAUAUGAAAUGGUAGUGGUAUCGUACGUAGCUAGUUGACAUAUUUUUCGAAUGAAAUCAAAUUAAUUAUAUAAAUGUAUAUGUAUACAUAUAUAGAAAGAUGGGGUUGUCAGUCCUGCUGCUGCUAAUGGGAAAAAGAGAAGGGCGGAUGUCAGGAGGGGAUUCUGCAGGCAAAAAGACAUUUAUACAACACCAUAUAAACACCAACUCAUGCCCCCUGCGCUCUCUGCAUUUGCCAAAUUUUUGUGAAACAUUUUGUGAACUUCUUUUCCCCUUAUAUUUGCCUUUAUGGGGCAUGAGUGGAGAAAGAAAACUACAGACCACAUACUGGACUAAAAUCAGUCUGCUCUCUUGCCCAGCCCUGUAUCUCGGGCUGUACCUCAUGUACAUACAGUACCACCCAGUCUUACUGUAGUGUCCCCUGGAUGUAAAAGUGUGUUUUUUAUGUAGUGGUCCCUUAGGGAGAGCAGGACUGCUUAGGGAGACGUUGGAGAGAAAAGGAAGUACAGUAGUUGGCAGGGAGAAAGGGGCACAAGAAUGAAAUGGAGAAGGGAAUAGAGUGCUUGGAGGGAUUAAUCAUCCCCACGUUGGACUGCAUAGUUACUGUAAUCGUGCAAAAUUAUUAAUCAAGUUGUGCAUAUUAACAGUUAUUACUGAACACUUCUGUGUAUUUGAGUGAAUGCGUGUGUACAUACCCGUAUGUUUGAGAGGUGUGUGUGCACAGAUGUAUCUUUUUCCACUUGUUCAGUGCACUUAUAUUGGACCUACACAUGCAUAACUUCCUCCUAUCUUUUAAACGGAGCCCCAUCCAUUUGUCGACACCACACUUAUUUAGGCUGCUCUUUUCUUACAGACUGACCAGGCAUGCCCAGAAUCUCACCUCCACUGCUCACUGAAAUCACAGCCAUCCAUUAACCUCCUUAUCAUCUUGAAUGACCAACCAGUGGUAGUCAUUGACUAGACUAAUCUAUCACUGUUACGAUUUGUCAAACUGCACACCAACUGCUCUUAACUGAUGCUUGUGAACAAGCUACCUGAAUCCUUUCACCUGUCGGGGUGACUGCCUUGGAGAGGACCAAGAAGGAUUAGAGAGCCCUGGAACAAAAUAUAAGAGAGAUAAUGCACAUUUGGAAUAAAAAAAAAAAAAAUAACUGGCAUCCUAUACCCAUUCGUUAUAGUCAAUAUUGACAAAGUGAUGUGACGGCUGCCCGUACACACCAAGCAGCAGCAUCUAGAAGACUGUCUAGUGAAUCAGCAGGAAUGGUAUAACACACAGCAUCAAAAUGUACUUUGUGGUCUCCGAUAAUGUUAUCUCAGUCUAAUCCUUCUGUCUUAUCCGAGGUGCCUGCAGACAUGUAGCAUGUAUGUGUUUUGUGGGGGUUUGGGGUUCAGGGGACAGAGAAACUCAAUGUGUGUGACACUGUAGAAGGACUUGAUGUACGGUGAGACUCGAGGCGGGAUGCAGCUGUGAAAUCAGCUGUCCUACCCCCAAGUCUGUUUUUAACUGUGAUGGAUUGGACAUUAAAAAUGAUCCUGUGUCUAUAUAUGGUCUCAUUAUGAGAGCAAUGUGUGAAAAAAAAAAAAAAAAAAAGUUUGUCACUGUUGAGGAAAAAGAGUA